AUGUCGUUGGACCGUCAAGCGAUCUAUAACUACAACGCCUCUCAAGAUGUGGAGCUGUCCCUGCAGAUCGGAGACUCGGUUCACAUCCUGGAGAUGUAUGAGGGCUGGUACAGAGGAUAUACCCUCCAAAACAAAGCUAAAAAGGGUAUUUUCCCUGAAACGUAUAUCCAUUUGAAAGAGGCAACUGUGGAAGACCGAGGGCAGAACGAGACCGUGAUUCCCGGCGAGCUCCCGCUGGUGCAGGAGCUCACGGCCACGCUGCGAGAAUGGGCUGUCAUCUGGCGCAAGCUCUACGUGAACAACAAGGUCACACUCUUCCGCCGGCUGCAGCAGAUGACAUACAGCCUGAUCGAGUGGCGGUCCCAAAUCCUGUCCGGAACACUCCCCAAGGACGAACUGGCAGAGCUCAAGAAGAAGGUCACAGCCAAAAUCGAUCACGGGAACAGAAUGCUUGGGUUAGAUUUGGUGGUGCGAGAUGACAACGGAAACAUCUUGGACCCAGAUGAGACCAGCACGAUCGCCCUCUUCAGGGUCCAUGAAAUAGCCUCAAAAAGGAUUGAGGAAAGGAUUCAAGAAGAAAAGUCAAUGCUGCAGAACGUGGACUUGCGGGGCCAGUCCAUCUUCAGUGCCUUUCAUACUUAUGGCCUCUAUGUCAACUUCAAGAACUUUGUCUGCAACAUCGGUGAAGAUGCAGAGUUGUUCAUGGCCCUCUAUGACCCAGACCAGUCCACUUUCAUCAGUGAGAACUACCUGAUUCGUUGGGGCAGUAAUGGGAUGCCCAAGGAAAUCGAGAAGCUCAAUAACCUUCAGGCAGUCUUCACCGACCUCAGCAGCACCGACCUCAUCCGGCCCCGCAUCAGCCUCGUGUGCCAGAUUGUCCGGGUGGGCCACAUGGAGCUGAAGGAGGGCAAAAAGCAUACCUGUGGACUCCGAAGGCCCUUUGGAGUAGCAGUGAUGGAUAUUACCGACAUCAUACACGGGAAGGUGGAUGAUGAAGAAAAGCAGCACUUCAUUCCCUGUCAGCAAAUCGCCAUGGAAACCUACAUCCGGCAGAGGCAGCUAAUCAUGUCGCCUCUGAUAACAUCCCAUGUGAUUGGGGAAAAUGAGCCGCUCACUUCAGUCCUGAAUAAAGUGAUAGCAGCGAAGGAAGUGAACCACAAAGGGCAAGGACUUUGGGUGUCCUUGAAGCUAUUGCCGGGUGACCUCACACAAGUUCAGAAGAAUUUCUCACACUUGGUGGAUAGAUCCACAGCAAUCGCCCGAAAAAUGGGCUUUCCUGAAAUAAUACUUCCAGGAGAUGUUCGAAACGAUAUUUAUGUCACCCUGAUCCAUGGGGAGUUUGACAAAGGGAAAAAGAAGACACCCAAGAAUGUGGAGGUGACCAUGUCUGUAUGUGACGACGAGGGCAACACCUUGGAGAAAGCCAUUCAUCCCGGCGCUGGCUACGAAGGCAUUUCAGAGUACAAGUCGGUAGUCUAUUACCAAGUCAAACAGCCCUGUUGGUAUGAGACUGUCAAGGUGUCCAUUGCUAUAGAAGAGGUCACUCGCUGCCACAUAAGGUUUACCUUCCGACACCGAUCGUCUCAAGAGUCCAGAGAUAAAUCGGAGCGAGCGUUCGGGGUGGCCUUCGUGAAGCUGAUGAACCCAGAUGGCACCACCCUGCAGGAUGGGAGGCAUGACCUGGUGGUUUAUAAGGGAGAUAACAAGAAAAUGGAAGAUGCUAAGUUCUACCUGACCCUGCCUGGAACCAAAGCAGAGAUGGAAGAAAAAGAGCUCCAAGCAUCCAAAACCCUGACCAGCUUUACUGCAACCAAGGAGAGUACGAAAGAUAGUUUUCAGGUUGCCACCCUCAUCUGCUCCACAAAGCUCACCCAGAACGUCGACCUGUUAGGCCUGCUGAAUUGGCGCUCGAACUUCCAGAACAUUAAACACAACCUAAAGAAGUUAAUGGAAGUAGAUGGAGGAGAGAUCGUCAAGUUUUUGCAAGAUACACUAGAUGCACUUUUUAACAUAAUGAUGGAAAUGUCAGGGAAUGAAACAUACGACUUCCUUGUGUUUGACGCACUGGUAUUUAUUAUUUCCCUGAUAGGAGACAUCAAGUUCCAGCAUUUCAACCCUGUCCUGGAAACCUACAUUUACAAGCACUUCAGCGCCACCUUGGCAUAUGUGAAACUCUCCAAGGUCCUGAACUUCUAUGUGGCUAAUGCGGAUGACUCCAGCAAGACCGAGCUGCUGUUCGCUGCUUUGAAAGCCUUGAAGUACUUGUUCAGAUUCAUCAUCCAGUCUAGAGUACUCUACUUGAGAUUUUAUGGCCAAAGUGAAGACGGAGAUGAAUUUAAUGACUCCAUCCGCCAGCUCUUUCUCGCUUUCAACACGCUGAUGGACAGGCCCCUGGAGGAAGCUGUCAAGAUCAAGGGGGCAGCUCUGAAGUACCUUCCUAGCAUAAUUAACGACGUCAAACUUGUGUUUGAUCCUGUCGAGCUCAGUGUGCUCUUCUGCAAGUUCAUUCAGAGCAUUCCUGACAACCAGCUAGUUCGCCAGAAGCUUAACUGCAUGACCAAGAUAGUAGAGAGCAAUCUUUUUCGGCAGUCGGAGUGCAGAGACGUGCUCCUGCCGCUGCUGACUGACCAGCUCAGCGGCCAGUUAGACGACAACUCCAGCAAGCCUGACCACGAGGCAAGCUCGCAGCUUCUGAGCAACAUCCUGGACGUGCUGGACAGGAAAGAUGUGGGCCCCACCGCGAUGCACAUCCAGCUGAUCAUGGAGCGGCUGCUGCGAAGGAUCAACCGGACGGUGAUCGGGAUGAACCGGCAGUCUCCCCACAUCGGCAGCUUUGUCGCGUGCAUGAUUGCCAUCCUGCGGCAAAUGGACGACAGCCACUAUACCUACUACAUCGACACUUUCAAGACCCCACAGGACAUCACUGACUUCCUCAUGGAAACUUUUAUCAUGUUUAAGGAUCUGAUUGGAAAGAAUGUCUAUGCCAAAGACUGGAUGGUCAUGAACAUGACCCAGAGCAGGGUCUUCCUCCGCGCCAUAAAUCAGUUUGCUGAGGUCCUCACACGGCACUUUAUGUCUCAGGCAAAGUUUGAACUGCAGCUCUGGAACAAUUACUUCCAUUUGGCAGUAGCAUUUCUCACCCACGAGUCCCUUCAGCUUGAAACCUUCUCUCAAGCCAAGCGCACCAAAAUUGUAAAAAAAUACGGGGACAUGAGAAAGGAGAUCGGCUUUAGGAUCCGGGACAUGUGGUACAACCUGGGUCCCCACAAAAUCAAAUUCAUCCCGUCCAUGGUGGGUCCCAUUCUGGAGGUCACGCUGACCCCUGAAGUAGAGCUUCGCAAAGCCACCAUCCCCAUUUUCUUUGAUAUGAUGCAGUGUGAGUUCAAUUUCAGUGGAAAUGGCAAUUUCCAUAUGUUUGAGAAUGAGUUGAUCACAAAGCUGGACCAAGAGGUGGAAGGGGGCAGAGGAGACGAACAGUAUAAGGUCCUUCUGGAAAAACUGCUCCUGGAACAUUUCCGGAAACAUAAAUACCUCUCCAGCUCUGGAGAAAGAUUUGCGCUCCUAGUCAGCAGCCUCCUAGAGAAUCUUCUGGACUAUAGGACGAUCAUCAUGCAUGACGAGAGCAAGGAAAACCGGAUGAGCUGCACUGUUAAUGUGCUGAAUUUUUAUAAAGAAAAGAAACGAGAGGACAUAUACAUAAGGUACUUGUACAAGCUGCGGGAUCUGCACCGAGACUGUGAGAACUACACGGAGGCCGCCUACACGCUGCUCUUACACGCUGAGCUUCUGCAGUGGUCUGACAAGCCCUGUGUACCCCACCUGCUUCAGAGGGACAGUUACUAUGUUUAUACCCAGCAAGAGCUUAAGGAGAAGCUGUAUCAGGAAAUCAUAUCCUAUUUUGACAAAGGCAAAAUGUGGGAGAAGGCGAUCAAACUGAGCAAAGAGCUGGCUGAGACCUAUGAGAGCAAAGUGUUUGACUACGAGGGCCUUGGCAACCUCCUGAAAAAAAGAGCCUCGUUUUAUGAGAACAUCAUUAAGGCCAUGAGGCCUCAGCCUGAAUACUUUGCUGUUGGAUACUACGGACAGGGCUUUCCUUCUUUUCUACGGAACAAAAUCUUCAUCUACCGGGGGAAGGAGUAUGAAAGGCGAGAAGACUUCAGCCUGAGGUUGCUGACCCAGUUCCCCAAUGCUGAGAAGAUGACCAGCACCACGCCCCCGGGAGAGGAGAUCAAGGGCUCCCCAAAGCAGUACAUGCAGUGUUUCACCGUCAAGCCAGUGAUGAGCCUGCCACCCAACUAUAAGGACAAACCGGUUCCAGAGCAGAUCUUAAACUACUACAGAGCCAAUGAAGUGCAGCAGUUCCAAUAUUCCCGGCCAUUCCGGAAAGGAGAAAAGGACCCGGACAAUGAAUUUGCUACCAUGUGGAUUGAAAGGACCACGUAUACGACCGCAUAUACCUUUCCUGGGAUUCUCAAGUGGUUUGAAGCCAAACAGAUUACAACAGAGGAAAUCAGCCCUCUGGAGAAUGCCAUCGAAACCAUGGAACUCACCAAUGAGAAGAUCAGCAACUGUGUUCAGCAGCAUGCCUGGGACCGCUCCCUGUCUGUGCAUCCUCUCUCCAUGCUGCUCAAUGGCAUCGUAGACCCUGCCGUCAUGGGGGGAUACUCCAACUAUGAAAAGGCUUUUUUUACAGAAAAGUACUUGCAGGAGCAUCCAGAAGACCAGGAGAAGAUUGAGCUGCUAAAGAGACUGAUAGCGUUACAGAUGCCCCUGCUGACGGAGGGGAUCCGCAUCCACGGGGAGAAACUCACGGAGCAGCUCAGGCCGCUGCACGACCGCCUGUCGUCCUGCUUCCGGGAGCUCAAGGAGAAGGUGGAGCGACUCUACGGGGUGAUCACGCUGCCCCCCACCCUGACGGAGAGGAAGCAGAGCCGCACGGGGUCCAUGGUCCUGCCCUACAUCAUGUCAUCUACGCUGCGGAGAUUGUCCGUCACGUCGGUGACGUCCUCGGUGAUUUCCACCUCAUCUAACUCAUCUGAUAACGCUCCUUCCAGGCCAGGGUCUGACGGGUCAGUCCUGGAGCCACUUCUGGAGCGCAGGGCCUCGUCAGGUGCCAGAGUAGAAGACGUGCCCCUCAAAGAGGACAGUGAGAACCGGACCAGCAAGUUCAAGAGAAAAGAACGGAGCCUGAGCAAGUCCCAGGUCAUUGCAGAGAAAGCGCCAGAGCCUGACCUUACGAGUCCAACCAGGAAAGCACAAAGGCCGAAGAGUCUCCAGUUGUUGGACAGUCGGCUGACACCGUUUCAUGGUUCUUCACCUCCUCCGUCAACACCCUUGAGCCCGCCUCCACUCACUCCUAAAGCCACCAGAACCCUAAGCUCCCCAUCUUUGCAGACAGAUGCGCUGAUGACUGCUACUGUGCCACCUCCUCCACCCCCCAAAAGCAAGCCCUAUGAGAGCAGCCAGAGGAACUCCACUGAGAUUGCUCCCCCACUGCCUGUUCGAAGAGAAGCCAAAGUCCCACCCCCACCACCGCCCAAAGCUCGGAAACCUGGCAUCCUUUCUUCCGAACCUGGGUCCCAGUGAGGAUCAUGUCCCCUCUGAAACUCAGAGCGCCUUGGACAGCUGGUGCCGGAGAGCUGGCCUCCAGGAGGCGGUGCUGUCGCGGUGCCAGGCCUUCGCUGACUGCCUUGCCUUUUCUGGGAUGAGGCUCACCGGCUCCGAAGUGGUUCUUUCCUCCCUUCUGUUUGAUCGAUGCCUGAGGCCGUGUGACAUCUUUAAUCCACGUGGAAUUCCAGAAUUGGCCAUGUCAUGUGCAUUUCUCAAGGGAGAGAUCUCCCUCACCAUCAUUAAAUUUCAGCCUCCGGCACAGAGCCACUGGGACCUCCGGAAGCCUGGAUAAGUUCCUCCGCAGUGGUGGUGAUAGAGCAACCCCAGUAACCCGCUCCUGGGGUGGGUUUCCUGCUUUGCUUCUGAAAAGCUGUGCCUGAGGCUUAGUUUUCUCACGUUGGACAUAUGCGAUCCCUUAUAACAUCGGGAGAGACUGAUACCAAGUACUUUGGUAGCUGAAAUAAUCAUAGCUUUCUAAGGUCUACUGUGUUGUUUUUGAGGAAAAGAACAUCUUUUUAAUGAAGACUGGCUGCUUUCAAGUAUGAAUGGCUGUCAUUGAAAAACCAUGGACUCCCGUGAGCCCUGCGCUCCUGUGUCCCCCCGCCCGCACCCACUUAUGUAACGGGGAAGCUGUCUGUGCCGCUCCUGGGAGUCCCUCACACUCCCCGCUAAUGGCCUUCACUGCACAGCAGUCACUCCUUCCUACUGUGGACUCCUUUGAGCUUCUCUCUUUUGCACAAACAGUUUCUUGUCCUGUUACCUCUUCUGAGCUCAAAUCACUGGAUAUAAGGGAUGUAGAAGCUCGGGUUCAACAGUUUCUCUUCCAGCCCCCAUUUGGAUGGCUCGGCAGCCCCACCUGCAGCCUGAUUUUACCCUGGAGAAUACAGUGCAAUACUGCCUUUUGAUUAUUUAUCCCUCGUGGUUGUGGAUUUAAUUUGAUUACGUGUUUAUGGUACUAAUGUGAUUUAGGUGAUCAAAUAUUGCCUACACACAUCAACAGCCACACAGAGUUAUUAAAGAUGUUUUGAGCUAGAAGGGCCCUAAAAGCCAUACAAACAACCCCCUUAUUUUAUAGGUAAGGAAACUGAGGUUGAACACAAAUAAUCCUACUACAGACGCUUACUAAUAACCCAGCUUGCUAAUUGAGGCCAUACCCAGAUAACACAUAUCUAGAAGACAACGCUGACAAACUCUUUAACUCGUACACUUAGUUGGAUCAACAAUUGAAUUUGCCCAGGUAUUUCUAUUCUACUUCAGGGUUUGUGGCCAAGUAGACAACCUGUUGACUAUGGAUCCCUUCGAUUAACACGUGGGGCACUCAACAGAGUCUCUUCUACACAUGGCAGAGUCCCCUUUCCUUCAAGAAGUGGAAAGCAGAGGGAGAAUUUCACCUCCGAGAGUUUGGGUUUGCUGGCCUGCGUCUGUGUCUGUGCGCUUGUCCGAUCAGUCCUCUUUUAGGAGAGAGACAGUAUUUGCAGCACACGGUCAGGGAAGUGAACCUCUGGGACAUGUCCCGCAUGCCUCAAGAAAUGAGUCCGUGUAUUUAAAAGUGGUGGGAAAGGGUUAGUCUUCACUCACCCAGGAGAACCUACAAUGUGGUAUCAUGGAAAGAGCCUGGGUUUUGGAAGCAAACCCAUUUGGUGUCAAAUCAUCAAACUCCCUCUAAUUGUUUGAAAUUUUCCAAGCUUUCAUUUCCUCACCUCUCAAAAAGGGGAUAAUACUUGCCACACAGGUUGUUGGGAGGCUUAAGCGAGAUGGAAUAUAUGAAGUAGCAGGGACUCACCAAGUGGUCCUUUCUUUUCUCUGCUCAACCAGAGUGAAGGUCUGAGACUCCAGGAGCAUUAUUGAUAUUUUCCUUAAAAAUUUUUAAAGAUAAUUUGGAAUGUGAGUGCAGGUUAGUUCUGCACAUAUAGUCCCUCUCACCUUUUGGAGCCUUUUACAUAAUUAUUUAUGACUAAAGACGCAGUGUUAGUAAGAACCGAAGAGGUUUUUAAGUGGAAAGAAGUCAAGAGAAUGAAGGAAGUCAAGAGAAGGACCAGAAAGGCCAUGCAGGGCUCACGCAGAGCUGGAGCCACUUCUGAGAAACUGCCCCGCACACUGGCUGGAGGUGAUUCGUGCGUUUCACCCACUUUUCAGGCUGCCAUUAAAAUAAAAAGACGUAAACUAAAGGUCACAAAAGAAAGAAAUCCUCCAGCAUGUUCCUUCAGAGUGGUGGAAGCGAGUCCUGCAGUCUGGUCUUCGAUCGAGCCUGGGGAAACCUGGUGCCCACAUGCAAUAUAACAUUUUCCCUUAUGAUUCCCUUCUCACAUUAAUGGAAACACUGGGUCUCUCCUGCCUGAACAGAAAGGAUUCCAGGUAAUGUCAUGAAUAAUAGAUUACAGGGGGCACUGGAAGGUUCAUCUCCUUGGGGAGCCAUUGGGUAGGUAAGAGUCAGAUUUGACAAAAUGUCAUGAGUAACGUGUGUCCUGAAGUCACAGGAAGGCUGCAAAUAAAUGCUUUGAUUCUAUAAAAAAAUCUAGGAGAGAUGAGAGGUAGGGAUAAAAAGAGAAGGAACUGGUCUUUAUGUUCCCUGAGAAGAACUUUGGAGUAUUGAAAGACAUUGAAAUUAGCCCCAAAUUGUCACACCUUUGCGAAUAUUGGUUUAUGGGAUAUUUUUUUAAUCUCUUCUUUCUCUGUCUUUGGUGACUUGCUUUGAGAUUUUUUUCCCCCCCAAGAAUUGUUUUAUUCAACACGUAUUAAGCUCUUAUUAAAUACCAGGCACUGUACUAGACCCUCGGGAUAUGGCAGUUCAGUGUCUUCAGGGGCAAAGAUUGUGGUGUGUUUUGGGAUGGGAAGUGAGUGGUAGGAAAGGAAAGUGAACCCUAAUUAAGUAACGCUCCUGGGCCAUGCUGGCCUCGCCCUCCACCCUCACAGUUGACUCUAGAAUUGCAGUCCCUCUCACCUAUCAGGGCGACCCUUCAAGACGCUUGCUGUCACACUGCAAAUCCCUAAGAAAAAACAAGAGCUAAAGCAGGAUUUGAGAUUAUCUACCUUUGUUGGCUCUUUCCAAAUGCACGAGUCCUUCCACUCUAGCUACCCCCGGUUCAUGGGGUCAUUUCUUAUUUUAAAAUCGAGACAUAACUUCCAUUCAGUUAAGUGCACAGAUCUUAGUGUACAGAUGGAUGAUAUUUAACAGUGGUGUACACCCACGUCACCACCUCUCGGAUCCAGGCAUAACCAGCUUCAACUUUGUCCCUUCUCUCCUCUCACUCUCUGGUGUAAUGAAAAGGAAAGAAAAAGCCCACCAUCAACACAGAGCAAUAACAUGCUUUUUGGCAAGUCAAUAUACAAUGAAUAUGUAGAUUUGGCAAUUUCUUCAUGUAAACCAAAAUCAGAUAUAUUUUUUUGCAGUUCCAUGAUUUUUAGAAUCCUUUCAGCCCCAGCUUUCUUUUAUUCUAAGUGAACAAAAAGAGUCAGAAAGAAACGAAGUUUCUGUAGGCUUUUAGGUCUGUGCACCAUGACCAAGUGGGAUUUUAAAAUUAAGUUGGAAAAGGUAAGUUCCUCUGUGGGUGGGCUGAGAGUGGAACAUCACUUUUAAUCUACAAAAAGAAAAGUUUUCCUUCCGUGUUGAUGAUUUCAGGCUGAUUCUUAAUAAUCCAGCAAAGCUGCCCUCCUGUCGUCCUGCCCGGACUCCCCCAUUGGUCAUGUUUUGACGGGUUCAUUUCAACUUUGUCAAAAGCGCUGUUGCCAUGAUUUUGUAAACUUCUAGGGUUUCCAACGUGGACAGUUAGGAAGCUGUGUAUGGAAGGAGAAAAAUUUUGUUCAGAUUUGCUGUUAUUUAUUUUUUAAAUUAAAAAUGGAAAUGUA